GUGAGGUUAGGUUAGUAUAUUGUUUACAUUUGCAAGUGCACGUUGCAUCAUUAUGCCUUUUGACCAAAAUAAGAAGGCCUUAACCAGCUUCGAGCUAGAAGAAUUAGUUCUUAAUCUGGACCUAGACCAAUCAGAUAUCGUCGAUUUAUCGUCCGAGUGUGGGGAUGAAGUAGAUGUGGACUUUUAUCUCUAUGAAGGAAAAGGAUCAUCUGUCGAAUCAUCGCUAUUUAAAACACCAGAAAAACUAGACGUAGGUGGCAGAAUGGUGCUGAAGCUGACCGAAACUUACAGACGUACCAAAAAGUGGACAGUACGUACAAUUUAUCAUUUUUUGGAUUUUGCCGUAGCUGCGUCUUGGCUGGAAUACCGACAAAAUGCUAUUGCAGAAGGCUUGCGGAGAAAAGAAAUCUUAGAUUACCUUGACUUCAAAUUAUCAAUUGCCAAAACUCUCGUUUACACUGAUAUUCCUCAAGCAGAUUGCGAGCAAAGUGAUUUUGAUGAAGAGCAGCUAACGCCCCGAAAACAAAGGAAAAUUCAGCCUAUUCCAGAUAGAAGAGAGAGGAAGCAGGGAAACACUCAUCUACUAGUAUUUACCAAACACGACCAGAAAUCCAGAUCAAAAUGUCGAUAUCCGAAAUGUGGUAAAUUGACAUUUGCUAAGUGUGCCUGAUGUGACGUAUAUCUUUGCUGCUCCGUUGAGCGAAACUGUUUUGCUCUUUUUCACCAAUAAAGUUUUUUUUUUU